AUGGUCCAGAGGUCCAAAUGGAAAUUGCUUCCCUCAUUAGCAUCAGUUCUUGUGACUGUAACUAUCAUGGGUAACAUUCGCAACGCUUGGGUGGAUUUGGAAGGCGAAAGCUGUGACACAAUAACUAAACUUUUUCCAUUUUUUCCCACACUAUCUGCUGAAGAAGGCGAUUUCCCAAUUGCUUAUGCUAUGUUAGUGCAUAAAGAUGUUACUCAGGUAUUUUUCUUUCUUGUUAUCGAUUAGAU